AUGAGCCUUGAAACAUUUGACAGAAGCUUUCCUGACCAUGACGUGCUGGGCCAGGCUUUUGAAGAUGCUCUAGAAGUGCUGCAGCAGCACUCUGACAGAGAAAUGCAGUGUCCACCAGGUUAUAAAAACUGCCUGUCUGUGAUCAACCAUCACCACCACCUCCGAGCAAGUCCCAGUUACUGUGCAGCACCAUCUGUAGAGGAGCAAGGGUACAGCUGGAGAAACGUGAUUAACAGUGCAGCGGAUUUUUAUGCAGAUGAGACUGUCUACCAUACCCUGCAGAAUGCUCCAGAAAGUCAAGUGAUGCACGCUGCUGCUGGCCAGCCAAAAGCAGGGAAAGGUAGAAAAAAGCUUCGACUAUUUGAAUAUCUCCAUGAAUCUCUGUAUGAUCCAGCUAUGGCAAACUGCAUCCAAUGGGUGGAUAAGCCAAAUGGUGUCUUCCAGUUUGUCUCCAAAAACAAGGAGAAACUUGCCGAACUGUGGGGAGAAAGAAAGGGAAACCGCAAGAUCAUGACUUAUCAGAAAAUGGCCAGAGCACUGAGGAAUUAUGGAAGAACCGGUGAAAUCAUUAAGAUCCGUAGGAAGCUGACAUACCAGUUCAGUGCAGUUGUUUUAAAGAGACUUGCUCCAUCUUAUUUCUUGGGAAAAGAAACAAUUUAUCAUCCCUACAUUCAGUCUAAUCAAGAAUAUCAGGGUGCAGAUGACUGGACCAGUUACAAUAAUUACAUGUACAACAAUGGUUAUGCAUUACAGCAUGCUAACAGCUAG